AUGGUGAGAAUUGAGAAAGAAUUUGGAGAAGAAGGAACUGAAGUAGUCACUCUCUUGACAUGGAAAGCUAGCCUUAACAACCAGAGCCAAUCUCUUCUAUCAUCUUGGGAUGCAAGCAACCAUUGCAGUUGGGUUGGAAUUGGAUGCAACAAAGCCAGUAGAGUCACCCAUAUAGACCUUGAGAAUUACGGUUUGAGAGGUACACUUUUCAAUCUUAACUUCUCUUCCUUCAUUCAUCUUGUCAGCCUUGAACUUUAUAACAACUCAAUCCAUGGGACCAUUCCCUCAAACAUUGGUAGCCUUGUGAGACUCACCUACCUAAGCUUGUCCUACAAUCGUCUUCCAGGAACAAUUCCAUCCGAAAUAGGAAUGCUUAGCUCUCUCAGGGAACACCUUUUGUAUUCUAACAAUCUUUUAGGUCCAAUACCUCCGUCUAUUGGAAACUUGGGUAAUUUAACCAAAUUACACCUUACCAAAAAUAAAUUUGUUGGACUAAUCCCUCUAGAAGUUAGGAUGCUAAGAUCUCUCAUUGAUCUCCAAAUGUCAAGGAACAAUCUCACUGGUUCAAUCCCUACUUCUAUACAAAACUUGGCCAACUUAACCAUUUUAAGCCUUUAUGAAAACCAACUUUCUGGAUCAAUCCCUGAAGAAGUCGGAUUGUUAAGGUCUCUACAUAAGUUGUCUCUCACUUUUAAUAACCUCAUAGGUUCAAUCCCUGCCUCAAUAGGGAACUUGACCAAUUUAACCAUCUUAUACCUUUAUGGAAACAAACUUUCUGGGUUUAUCCCUCAAGAAAUUGGAAAGCUUGUGUCUCUCAAUGAACUUGAUUUGUCAACAAAUAAUCUCACAGGUUCAAUCCCGACCCCUAUAGGGAACUUGGCCAACUUAACCAUUCUGAACCUUUAUGCCAACAAACUAUCGGGAAACAUUCCUUCUAGUAUUGGAAACUUAAAUAAGCUCAAACAAUUGAUUUUAUCAAGUAAUCAACUAUCUGGCUCCAUUCCUCUGUCAUUUAAUAAUCUUACACAUUUACAAAGCUUGCAGUUAGCUUUUAACAGGCUCACAGGUCAUUUACCACACAAUGUAUGCCUUGGUGGAUUGCUUGAAUAUUUUUCUGCAUCUGACAAUAACCUCACAGGUUCGAUCCCAAAAAGCUUGAAAGUUUGUGCUAGAUUGCAGACUUAG